AUGUCUUUAAAGGGGUUCAGACAGAUGCCUAAACCCGCGGUGGUCUACAUGUUCUAUGCCCUGGCAAUAGUCUGUGAUGUCUAUUUCGUUCCAUCACUGGAGAAGAUAUCAGAGAAUUUUCAACUUAGUGAGGAUGUUGCCGGGGCAACGUUCAUGGCAGCUGGAAGCUCCGCUCCUGAGCUCUUCACCUCCUUGAUUGGUGUCUUCAUCACUAAAGGUGACCUGGGGGUAGGCACCAUCGUGGGAUCGGCUGUCUUCAACAUCCUCGUCAUCUGUGGGAUCUUCGCCGUACAGCCCAUCUUUCUGAGCUGGUGGCCGCUGCUCCGUUAUACUCUCUACUACAUCCUGUCUAUACUGAUGCUGAUUGUGGUGAUCUAUGACGACAAAGUGAUUUGGUGGGAGACCAUCAUACUGAUCUCCAUGUAUCUAGUCUCCAUUAUCAUCAUGAAGUUCAACAGAUCCCUGUCAGGCUGGGUGGAAAAUAGACAGAGGUUGAUCCAUGCUCGGGGCCAGGAGCACGAUGGGGCCACAUGGGGAAUAGAGAGCGGUGGGGCGGGGGACAGUGAGAGGCAGUCCUUGGAGGGGGACGGAGACAGGGAUGGGGGCCCGGAAGGGAACACAGGGGGGUUACAGCCCAAAGAGGAGGAAGAGGAGGAGCUGGAGGAAGAAGAGGUGGUCGCUUUCAGUCCCUUCAUAGUGCCAGGAGGGCACUAUGAAUGUGUGCGCUGGCUGGUGUCAUGGCAACUGUGCCUGCUGCUCUGCUGCACCAUACCCAACUGUGUCCUGCCUCGCUGGAGCCGCUGGUACCUCCUGACCUUUCUGGCCUCCACACUCUGGGUCGCACUCUUCUCCUACCUCAUGGUCUGGAUGGUGACCAUUAUCAGUUUCACGCUGGGCAUCCCUGAGGUGGUGAUGGGCAUCACCUUGCUGGCAGCUGGCACCAGCGUACCAGACUGUAUGGCCAGCCUCAUCGUCGCACGACAGGGUAUGGGGGACAUGGCUGUCUCUAUCUCCAUUGGUAAUAAUAUCUUUGAUGUGCUUCUGGGAUUUGGGUUUCCUUGGUUCCUGCGCACUCUGGUGGUCGACUACAGAUCAGAGGUGUUCAUCAACAGUAAAGGCCUGGUGUGUUUAGUCAUUCUGCUGUUGGGUUCAGUGUUUCUCACUGUCCUGAGUGUUCAUCUGAACCGUUGGUGGAUGGACCGCAGACUGGGUCUCUGUUUAAUGAUGCUCUAUCACCGCUGCCUUCAUCUCGUCGCUGUUCCCUCUGCUCAUCUCGAUCACCAUAGCAACGUCGGUUCUCUGGUUGAUAUCUGA